AAUUAAAAAGUAUGUUGUAUCAUAGUCUAUUUUAAAUAUUACUAACGUUAUCGUUAUGUGAAAUAACAUUGUGAAAUUUGACUUCAUUUGACAAAUUUCUCUAAGAUAUCUUUUGUUUCCUCAAGUGGAGAAAAAAUGUUGUUUGAGGGUUUUUCCUGAUUUGUAGUGGAUUAAUUACUUCAAACGCCUGGGGGAUUUGUUGGUUCUUUCCUCUUGUAAGGACUCAGCUGAUAAAAAAAAAUAUCCAUAGACAGUGAAAGCAGUGGUAGGCCUUGGCUUCUCAGAUAAGAGUCCCAUGUGAUCAUCAUACAGGCAAGCUCAGUAAGGCUGAGGCUGCUCUGCAAGCAGUAGGUAAUGAGUCUUUGUGCCGACUGGAGCUCUUGACGGUGAACAAUAAAGCAUAUGUUCCCAGCAAUAAAACACUGAGCUGGAAAAUUUUAAGAAUGUUCCAUUCAGAGGGACGAUAACCAACAAGCACAGCAAUGCUGUGCUUUAAAACCAGUGAUCAGCAUUAAUCGGAUUGUCAUUAGAAUUUCUGCAUAUCAAGCUUAUGGAUUGGCAAACAUCACAUUGAGCAGGUAUAUGCAACAGCAUUGCAGCUAUGAGCGGAAUUUUAAAGAGGAAAUUUGAAGAAGUAGAAGGCUCUUCACCUUGUUCUUCUAUACAGGAAUCUGAUGAUGACAUUUCCAGCAGUGAGAGUGCGGACAGUAGCGACAGUGUUAAUCCAUCCAGCACAAAUCACUUUGCACCAUCAUCCAUUUUAAAACGCGAGAAACGACUUAGAGCCAAAAAUGUCCGUUUCAACUGUGUCACAGUGUAUUAUUUCACAAGGAGACAAGGAUUCACCAGUGUGCCGAGCCAGGGAGGAAGCACGUUGGGGAUGUCCAGCCGUCACAACAGUGUUCGCCAAUACACCCUCGGGGAGUAUGCCUUAGAACAAGAAAGGUUACAUAAAGAGAUGCUGAGAGAUCACCUGAGGGAAGAGAAACUAAACUCCCUCAAGCAAAAGAUAACCAAAAAUGGCACGGUGGAGUCUGAAGAAGCCAGUAUUUUAACUCUAGAUGAUAUUUCUGAUGAUGAUAUUGAUUUAGACAACACUGAGGUCGACGAAUAUUUCUUUCUGCAACCUCUGUCAACAAAGAAACGGCGAGCACUGCUCCGAGCAUCUGGAGUUAAAAAGAUUGACGUGGAAGAGAAACAUGAGCUGAGAGCCAUCCGUCUAUCCAGAGAAGACUGUGGUUGUGACUGCAGAAUAUUUUGUGAUCCAGAAACAUGCACUUGCAGCCUUGCAGGCAUAAAAUGUCAGGUUGAUCGUAUGUCGUUCCCAUGUGGGUGUUCCAAGGAAGGAUGCAGCAAUACAGCCGGUAGAAUUGAGUUUAAUCCUAUUCGUGUAAGGACACAUUUUUUGCACACAAUCAUGAAGUUGGAGCUAGAGAAAAACAGAGAGCAGCAGGCAACUCUUGGAAACAGUUGCCACAGUGAUGUAAACUCCCUUGCCAGUACUCUAGUUCAAAACGGCCACUCUGUAGAGUUUGCGGAGAAUUUUGAAAUAGAAACUGAGUCUCAGUCAGCUUUAAUGCACUUUCAGUCCUCUGAACAUCUAGAGUGCAAUGGCGAUGAUGAAGAGGAAGAUGAUGGCAGCAGUUACUGUAGUGGGGUUACAGACUCCAGUACACAAAGUUUAGCACCUAGUGAAUCAGAUGAUGAUGACGAUGAAGAUGAUGAGGAUGAUGGAGACAAAUCAGAUGACUUUAGUGAAGUAAUUUCACCUCAUGAUGACAAUAUCACCGGACAUUCAGUCCUUUGCUAUUCCAAUGGCAACACAAUGCAUGACAUCCACUUAAAAAAUGCUUCAUAUUACUCUAACUCAUCAGCCCUGUAUUAUCAAGUAGAGAAUCAUAACUCUGGCACCACAAACCAAAUAUCUGAGCCAUAUCCAGACAGAAGCUCUGUGAAAAAUGCUACACUUAAUUUGGUGCCUUACAACAUGAGAACAGAGCAGUUCGCUGACUACUCAAGACAACAUGAAGAAGGUUUCUCCAGCUGCCAUUACCCUACGACAAACCCAUCUGUCAUAGUUUGCUGUGCUGCUUCAGAAAGUGAAAACAACACUUCUUGCCACAAUUUAUACCCGGAGCUAAGGUCAAACCUCCCUCAAGUAGAAUUUCACUCAAACUUAAAAAGUUCCUCUCCUGAUGAAUUUGUUCCUAAAUUAAAUGGAUCUAGCCAUCAUUCAUCUGAACUUCUUAAGGAUAAUCCUGUAAACCUAUCAGAAACAAGUAAACUUCAGGAUGAUUGCAUAAAAUCCCCUGCAAUGGAAACAGUACCUGUUUAGAUAAUAAUGUCCAUCUGCUUUUCCUUAUUCUCCAACUGUAAUUGAACUCAAUCUAUUUCUAACAAUCAAAAAUAUUUCUAACCAAAUGCAGCUGAUCUACAAUUGUUUCUGUUGUCUAGUAGAAAUUGGUUAAACAUAAGUCUUUAGUUGACUAGGCUAUGACAAUGCACAAACGCUGUUUCUCAAGCAAUGUAAACUACUAAAACUAUGUUGAUUUAUUAGGAAGCAUUGGUUUGAAUAUGUCAAUAUUUCUAUAUGUCUCUAAGUAGCCUUGUAUCAAAGUAUGUGAAGAAUAAGAAUAAGAAACCAGCUCAAUGAAAUCCUAAAUUAUCAUAUGAUGCUCAGUACAGAGAAACCUAAAUACUAGAUUUAUUGAGGAAAAAGGUACAAAAACAGUAUAAUUUUGUGAAACAAUGUUUCCUUAUUAUUUAUGUGAUUUAUUUAUGGAAUUUAUGUGUAUUAUGCAGUGUUUGUUUUUAUACAAAUGGACAGCAUGUUCAUAGUGGGGAGGGGUGGACCUCUGGGAGGUAAACGAUUCCUAGAUUGUUAGAGCAUGUCCACAACAAUAAUAAAAACUGUGGCAUUUUACUAAGACAUAUCAUAAAAGAAAUGGCAAAUGGCAUUGACAUUUUUAUUGGACAUGAAGUCCAUUAGACCAAAUAAUGCUUCUUAUACCAUGUGAUGUUUUUGAGGGGGUACUGUGAUACUGGUGUGUUUUGCAGAUUUUUGCCAUUCUUCCAGAAAUAUUUCACUGUCUUUUUAUUUAAAUGGUUCUACGUUUCCCAUCAGAAUCCCUCAGACUCUAAAGAUAAUACAAGUCCUCAAUAGAUUGUCCAAAGUCAAUACUUUUGGUAGCAGAGCUAUUGCUUCUCAUGGGCAGAAAACUAAACUAAAAAGCAGUUCAUUGAUAUGAUAAUUAAAUGGCGACAAACAGUAUUAACUGAUUUUUUGUGGACUUGCUAAUACGAGUAGAAAGCUUUUCUUAACAGACACUUAUUUCAGGUCAAUGCCCAUUAAUGGGAAGAUAAUGAAAGUAACACGUAAAGAUACUGCAGGACAAAACUGUUUUGGAACUGGAUUAAGUGCUUCUGACAUUCAAAUUAGAUAUGGGAUUUAUUAUUUAACGAAUAAUAAAGUUUUUCAUUUGUAAAAGGCCUGCUUCAAAAAAAAACUGUACAAAAAAAGUACAUGCAAAAAUGUAUCCUAUUUUUGAAAAAAGUAGGACUUUUAUCUAAUCAGAUAUUGAAUUAUAAAAAUAUUGUGUUUUUGUGUGCAUUGAACAUUCAGUAUUCAAAAUACGUUAAUUUGGCAUGACAAACCACUUGCAUUUUCAGAGAAAUAUUUAACAGUUCUCCAAAUUCUUGAUACAGAAGACCAGCAGUUAAUUAAUUAGAUUUGAAUGUGUUGUCAUAGAUUAACUGGCCAAACACAUUCUGAGUUCCAAACUGUCUCCAGAAGCAAUGUCAGUACUAGAACUAUUUGUAGGUGUAUUUGUAAGUGUAGGGUGUCUAUGGGUGAUAAGAGACAAACCAUCCUUAUAUCACCAUGUGC